AUGGGUCGUGGUCGCAGACCUAACCUGGCACUAGAACCCACUCGUGCACUUCAAACCCAGCGCGCCUUUCGACAGCGCAAAGCUCAACACCUCGCUACACUCGAGCACAGCGUUCAACUCCUCGAGGAUGAGAAUUCGCACCUCAGAAAACUGCUGAACCUAGCACCGCGAUCUCCUGCUGCCACGCGGGUCAAGCAAAGUUCCUCUCCGCUCGACAGCUCGGUGGCGGCGGUGAAGGCGGAAGAGCAGGAAGAGGAAAGGUGUGCUUCUUGUGCCAGGCUGAGACAGGAGAAUCGAAGGCUGCAACAUGCAGCGGCGCAGUGGGAGGCACGCACGCUGGAGCUAGCUCAGACUGUCAAGGCGCUCCAAGGUGUACUUGCGAAUCAUGGGAUCCCUGUACCCGCGUCGAUGGAUGGAACGAUGGUAGAACAUAGAUCCAAACGCAUGCGAUCCGAUCCUUCAGAAACCAACGGCGUUCACAUGACAGAGCAAUACUUCAUCCCAGCAGAUCACCAAUCAGUCGCCGGUCCUUCAAGAAGAAACGGUGGUUCGAGCUGGCACAACACUCCGAGUCCAUCGGUGCUUGCAUCUACUCCACCAGCAGCCGCGGCACCAGCAGGCGGAUUCAGUCCGAGGUACUCGAUUCACAGCCCGAGCGCUAUAGAUGAGUACUAUCGUCGUUCCAUACCACCACCACUACCAUCAGCCGGUACAAACGGAGCAAGACAUAAUGGUAGUGGCGGUGGAUCCAGAUUACCGUCACAUCCAAUGUCACCCGCACCCGCUGCGAGACAGCAUUGGUCGACCGGCAAUUCGUCAGCAUCCGAUUCUCCGGCCGCCAUGUCCAGAUCGCAUCAUCCUCCUCCAGCGCACACCAACGGUUGGACUCAUUCACCACCGGUACACAUUCCAGCCCAACCCGAUCAACACACAAGAUCAGUAAUGGGAGCAAGAAGGCUGGGCGAAGAAUACAGUUCACCGGGUCAAUCGUACGACUUUGCAGCAGCGGCUUCUCCACGGAUGCGCAUUGGCGGAUCACCGCGUGAGAGAGACAGUCCCAGGAACGGCUCCUACCCCGCUCCAUCACCGGCACAAGCAGCGUCGAAGGUUCAACCGUGCAGACCGACCGCUUCUCAGGGCGAAACCAAAUGCUGUCCCCCCACCAACAGCGGCAAAUCAUGCAUCCCUCAGCCUAAACCGCCAACACCACCGGAAACGAUCGACCAUCGCGCAGCUUCCGAAUCGUGGUCCGGUCCCCCACCACUCGGCGUGUCCUUCGACAUGCGUACCUCCACCACCACCACCGCCGCCGACGCAACACCAGCCGCAGCAGUCGCAGCCAGUACCGAGCAAGUCAAGCUCGACGGACUCAAGGAAGACGAGUGCUGCUUCGGUCUCGUCAAGUGCGACCCCGAAGGCCGGAUCAUCAUCUAA